GGCUCAUUCUAACAGUGGUUCAUACUGUAAACACACAAUUUUUCAAUAUGACAAAUAGUUGUGCAGAUUUGGAGAUACUGCAGUCUCUAAAAGAAUAUCAUAUAUCAGAGGAAUAUGGAUUUAUUCUUCCUCAGCCUUUGGCUGAGUUACCAGUCUACUUUCAGCCCUGGAUGGACAUUGCUGGACGUGUCAGUGAACUCAUCUCUUCUCACUCCCUUCGCUCUACUGUUCACAGGAUGCCUCUGUUGGAUACUGACAUGCUGCAGAGUCACCGUGAACUGCGACUGGCACAUCUGGCUCUGAGUAUCAUCACGAUGGGUUAUGUUUGGCAGGAGGGAGAGAACAAUAAAAUAAAGGUCCUUCCGCAGAACUUAGCAGUGCCAUUUUGGAAGGUGUCCCAGAGGGUGGGUCUUCCCCCAAUAUUCACUCAUGCUGAUGGAGUCUUGGCCAACUGGAGAAAAAAAGACCCACAUGGUCCACUAGACAUGGAGAAUCUGGAGCUGUUGUUUAGUUUGCCUGGUGGGGAGAGUGUGAGAGGCUUCUUCCUGGUCACACUGCUGGUGGAGGUGGCUGCCGUUCCUGCACUUAAGGCCAUUCCUGAAGUGAUUGAAGGUGUUUGCAGUGGGGACGUGCCGAUGGUCAGCCGAGCUCUGGAUGUUAUCAGUCAGGCUAUAAAAGACAUGAAGGAAGCUCUACAACUAAUGCACGUUUACGUGGAUCCCUUUGUGUUUUAUGGCAUUGUAAGGAUUUUUCUGUCUGGAUGGAAGGAUAACCUGUCAAUGCCAGAGGGGCUGGUCUACGAGGGUGUUCAGGAUGAGCCGAUGGAGUUUUCGGGAGGCAGUGCGGCUCAAAGCAGUCUUCUCCACUGUUUUGAUGAGCUGCUUGGAGUCAAACAUGAAGAAAAAAGUGCUGCCUUCCUGACCCGAAUGAGAGACUACAUGCCUCCUUCUCACAGACGCUUUAUUAAGGAUAUCUCCCAAGCCCCCUCAUUAAGGGUGUUUAUACAAAAACAGGAUGAUAAGCAUCUGACAGAGGCCUUUGAGUGCUGUUUGGCACAACUGGUGGCGUUACGAAGUUACCACAUCACCGUAGUGUCACGCUUUAUCACUGUCCCGGCAUCCAAGGCCAAACAGCUUCGUUCAGAAGGACCAGAGUCGUCAGAAGAGAGGAACCUAGUAUCAAAUGCUCCAGUAGCACUGGAGGAGAGAGGAACUGGUGGCUCAGGGAUAAUGAGCUUUCUAAAGUCUGUACGGGAUCAAACAAAAGCUGUUUCAUUUCUGGGGCACAGAAUGAAGAAUUAGACCUUCAGUGCCACACAAACUGCAACAGAAAAUGAUCUCUUGGGAUACAGUUUGGAAUUUUUACUCAGCCAUAUUCCUUCUAAUAACAAAGUGACUUUUAAUUAAGGCAGCAGUAUGUAGUAAUCUGUUAAGCACAAAUAAGUCAUUACAAAAAAGAUGUCAUGCUACAUGUAAUUACUAACAUUCAGUUUUAGUAAAAGCACAGAUUCCAUUAGAAAAAAAACUCAUCUAAUCACUGACUUCAAAGUCUGAGACCAUUUCUUUCAUUACAUAACAUACAAUUAGCAUAACAAUUUGAGUAAAAGGUUAAAUCUUUGAGCAAUGUACACAAAUUCACAAUAUUUGGUAUAUUCUUAUAUUGCUGUAAAGCAACAUGCACUUGAACUGGCAUGGACUUCACAAGCUUGUCCAGAAUCAAGUAUUCCAUGUCAUUAUUCCAGCCAUAUCAACAACUGAUGGGAACACUGAUGAAUACUUACAUUA